AUGCUUCUUCUCGACUACCAGAAUGUGCUGAUUCAAUCAGUGCUGACUGAGAGGUUCUCCGGCUCCCCUCCCGUCUCCAUCGACCAGACCGUAUCCGACUUCGACGGCGUCAUCUUCCAUAUCUCCACACCAGAGGUCAAGACGAAGAUUCUUGUAUCAAUUCAAAUAAAAUGCUACCGAGAUCUUGUCAAGUACGGCGCGGAGCAGGUCCUCAACCGCGAGUAUGGCGAAUACGUAGUGCCCCCGGAGCCAGGCUACGACUUCUCCAUCUUGAUUGAUCUCGAGAACCUCCCCGCUGAUAAGGAAGCCCGUGACGAGCUUGUCAAGAAGGUCUCCCUGCUCAAGCGCAACGCUAUGGCCGCACCAUUUGAGCAUGCCUACGAGGAACAUUACAAGCUGAAGGAGGCUGCGUCCAAGUACACGUCCGAGGAAGCCCCACAGGGUGUGCGGGAGGGCGGAGAGGUCAUGGCCAUCCACUAUCGAGAGGAGGAGGCUAUAUAUGUCAAGUCAAGCCACGAUAGGGUCACUGUGAUCUUCAGCACCAUCUUCAGAGAAGAGACGGAUCGAGUGUUUGGCAAGGUCUUUAUACAGGAAUUCGUGGAUGCUAGGCGGCGGGCUAUUCAGAAUGCACCUCAGGUGCUAUUCCGGACCGAUCCGCCUCUGGAAUUGCAGGGCGUACCAGGGGUGCAGGACACUGGCACGGGUGAGGUGGGCUACGUGACAUUUGUCUUGUUCCCUCGGCAUCUGACGCCUCAACGGAUGCCCGAUGUCAUCUCACACAUUCAGACUUUCCGAGACUACUUCCACUACCACAUUAAAGCCUCAAAGGCGUACAUCCAUUCGCGAAUGAGACGGCGCACAGCGGAUUUCCUCCAAGUUCUCCGCAGAGCCAGGCCAGACAGCGAGGAGAAGGAGCGCAAGACCGCCAGCGGGCGGACGUUCAAGGUCCAAGGCGCAUGAGUGCUAGGUCGAUCGACUCUUAUUAGCUAGAUCUUACUGCAGUAUUCAAACUCAAGUGUGCGUAGUCGAGGAUUUGAAGGGAGCUGAGAAGGGGAUGUCAGUGCUAUAGAUAAGAUUACGUGCAAAGUCGAUGGUGCGACUGCUAAUGGAGAAAAGCAACGC